AUGCCGGGGCAGGAGCCUGCGAUUCCUGGGCCGCAGGGGCUGCUGCCCCCUGGCACCCUCUGUGGCCUCUUUCAACCUUCAUUUAUCCAUAUGUCAGGGCCUAGAGUACAUUCAUUUUUUCUCGGAAAUUCUUCAGGAGUUAAUUUUUCUGUCAUCUCAAGUCCUGUAGCUGAAGAGACAGGAAAUUUGCAAGUUGCAAGUUGCAAUGGAAGUGCAAGAGCUGGUGAUUGGGAUUUGAGUGUAACACCAGGCACGAGUGCUUCCAAAGUUACCAUAAGCUUGACCAGAAGCCUGGAGCUCUGCUUGCCCAAUGCCACUGAGUGCUGCUCAGCACCUCUCUGCCUGCUGGAGACACUUCAGGUUUUAGCCUGUCAUGACUCUGUGGUGUUGGCUCAUCUCCUGAUUCAAGCUGAAAUAUAUGCCAACUCUUCCUUUGCUGGAAAUGUGUCAGAAAAUGCCACCAUCAUCCCAAACCAAGUGUUUCAGCCCUUGGGCUCAUGUCCUUGUGACUUGACAGCUGGAGCUUGUGAUGUUCGUUGUUGCUGUGAUCUGGAGUGCACACCAGACCUGAAGCAGUUAUUCAAUGGAUCAUGUUUCACUGGAGUCUUUGGUGGGGAUGUGAACCCACCUUUUGAUCAGCUGUGCACAUCUCAUUCGAUGGAGUAUACCCCUGAUUGGUUUCCUUUCCUGUGUGUACAGUCCUCUCUUAACAAUACACCAUUUCUUGGCUACUUUUAUCAUGGCUCUACUUCUACACCCAGAGUUCCUCCAUUUAAGAUCCCUUUACAAACUUCUCCUGGGAGACUGUUCACUGGUUAUAGACAAGGACAUCCAGUUAUGACAGAGGAAAAUGAAUAUUUUACUAUUCCCCAGCGAUCCAUGGCUGGACAGUGUGUUGGGAAUGCCCCCCUAGCCUAUCUCCAGGACUUGGAUGUCAAAUGCCUCACCAAUCUAGCAUCCUACAAGGAGGGGCUGCCCCAUGACGUGAGGAUAAACAGUGGUGCUGGAGACUUCAUCCUACCAAAUGUUGUCUAUAGGAACAUCACUGACAGGGACAAGUUCAUCACUGGAAGUGGAAGCCUUCAUUCUGCUGAGGUUCUGUGUCAAAAUGUAACUUUUGCAGAGCAUUAUACCUUCAUUUGGGAAGAGGAGAACAUAGAGCAAAUCAAUGUCACUGUCUUCCUUGGGAGUCUGUGUGAUGGAGAAAUACUGACACAGAGAUUCACAGUCAAAUUCAUAAGCUUAAAGAAUGCUAAUGCAACAGAACAGUUUGGGAACCCAGGUUAUCAAGUUGGAAAACCAGUGAGAGCUGCAAAUAUGAAUUCUUCUGAUACAUUUGGAAGCCUGAACAUUUGGCAGCCAGCUGGCAGAGGUUUAUGUACGUCGGCAACUUACACACCAGUUCUGUUUGGACUAGAUUCAUUCUCUGGGUGCAUUCUAGAAGUUGAUAUUGAUGAAGAUUGCAGCCUUUUAAGGGCAAAUGUAACUGAGAAAUUGAGUUCAUUAAUACAAGCUACUCAUGUUGGAAAGAGGGACAACUCAAGUGCCAGUGACCUGAAUGACUGGGUGGAAAUCAGACGUCUCGAUCCAUUUAUUUCUGACACCAGUGGGAGCGCUGGAAGCUCCAAAGGCGUUUGUCCAGAUAUUCCUUCUAAUCUGAAUAUCCGCAUCAUCUUUGCUGAAGUGGGUGCAGUACAAGGGAUUCCCCAGCAGGAGAUUCUUGCUGUGCAGAUCAGUUACUCAACAGUCAGAUGGCAAUUCCAGUGUGGGCUUACCUGUGAAAACAGCAUCAGCUUUCUUCCCAUCACUGCUUCUGUUCAGUUUAUUAAAGUGCCAGCUCAGCCACCUGUUCCAAUGACAAGAUUUCAGAUUAAUUACACAGAAUUUGACUGCAACCGAAACGACGUGUGUUGGCCACAACUUCUUUAUCCACUGACACGGUUUUACACAGGAGAACCAUAUUCCCAGAGUCUUGCUAAGGGCCUCACACUGGUGUUUCUUGUUGUACUUGCAGCAAUUAUGAGUAACCCUUGGUUUUCUAAAUUAUGGAGUAAUUCCUUGACUUAA